CUCAGCUGAAUGUCCAAUGUCUGUGUGUGCUUGGGGCAAGUUAUUAGUGACGGGAAUGACCUGCAGGUGUAAGUGAGUGCCGUAACUCUACCUUGUUACACUGCCUAUUGGUUAUGCUGCGCGAUCGCCAGAAGUAGCCAGUGGAGCUCAAUAUUUUGAUGUUUGACCUGAGUGAUCAAUUAAUCGCUAUGGGAUUAUGGUCCAUCAGCAUUGGAGCCUUUGGAGCAGCAGUGGCUGGAAUCCUGCUUGCCAACACAGACCUGUUUCUCACACAAACUGAAGAAGCCACCCUAGACUACUUAGAAGAGACAGAAUUAAAGGCUAUUGGAGAUGAGCCAAAAUCGUUUAAGGCAAAGGAUUUGUGGGAAAAAAAUGGUGCAGUGGUUAUGGCAGUUCGUAGACCUGGAUGUUUUUUAUGCAGAGAGGAAGCUUCAGAUUUGUCUUCUCUUAAAUCUCAACUUGACCAGCUAGGUGUUCCAUUGUAUGCUGUAGUAAAAGAGAAUAUUGGCAAUGAAGUUGAACAGUUUCAACCCUACUUCAAUGGCAAAAUAUUUCUUGAUGAAAAGGGAAAAUUUUAUGGUCCUCAAAAACGUAAGAUGAUGUUUUUGGGUUUGGUACGACUUGGUGUGUGGCAGAACUUUCGUCGUGCUUGGAAAGGAGGCUUUGAAGGAAAUUUGGAAGGAGAAGGACUGAUACUUGGAGGCAUGUUUGUGAUUGGAUCUGGGAAACAGGGCAUUCUUCUUGAGCACCGGGAGAAGGAAUUUGGAGAUAAAGCAAAUCUGACUGCUGUCCUUGACGCUGCUAGAAAAAUAAACAAACAGAGAGCACAAAAUGACAAUUAAAUUUGCAGAACUGCUCUUAAUAACUAAAUCCUUAAUUUAAGUAAUACCAAUAUUGGCAUUCAGAGCAACUGUGAGUCUCCCUGUGACAUGAAUUCUCUUUUCUUGAAUUCUCCUAACAUUAACUCUUGAAUGCAUGUUAUUUAUUUGCAGUGCCUUUGUUACUUGUAUAAUGUUUUAACUAGAAGUAUUACCAUGCCUUUGUUUUAUGUUCUUGGGUGUUUACUUACAGGGAUACAAAAAUAAUUGGAUUCUGGAUUUAAGCAUAGUGUCUAGAUGUUAAUAUUUUAUAGCUUUUGAUUGAAAAUUAAAUAAAGUAUAUAUGUGGUGCUUCAAAAUAUGGAGAAUGGUACUUUUCUGUAAACUCCAUAUUUCCUGCUCACAAGAUCCUUGUUUACUUUGUUUAAAUCAUGAUCAGUGUACUACAAUUUCAGUCAAGACUUGGCCCAUCCUGUACCUGAUAUCUGCCAGUGUAUGGGAAUCUUAACUCUGCUCUGUUUGUUUACUCAAUAUGUCCAGUUAAAAACUCAGUCAUUAAAUAAGACAAAAAAUGAGCAAAAUGUAACUUUGUACUUAGUCAAAAUAAGACAAGCCAUAGACAUACUAGAGCUAAAUCCCCUUGUAAAUCUGCAUUACCUCAUUUAAAAAAAAUUCCAUACUGUGAAUGACCAAAUUAAUGCUGGUAGGAGAUUACAGCAUAGAUUAUUAGUGAACCAACUAAUGCUUUAUCAUAAGUGCAUUUAGAAUGUUAAUUCAAAAUGUUUGCCUAUUUGCUGGGACUAUUAUUGCAUAUUUUUUCUAUAAUAGUUUUGUAUUUUUGUUCUGUGUAUGUGUGGUCCUUCUAGAAAUCCAAGUGUUGUAACCAGGUUGAUAAAUAACCUUGUUUAGCUGGAAAAUCUAAAUGCAUGGUUGUUAUUGUUUGCCAUUACAGAAGCUGUUCUAUUUAUAGCCUAGUUUUACAGCCUCUGGCAGGAAACUUUAGGCAUGGAGACAGUGUUUUGCAGAUUUACAGUCAUUAUGUUGUUAAUAUAUACUGUAUAACCUCGCUGAUCUUUGUUAAAACACUGUGAUUCAUUGCUCAGGGACGCUUGCAAAUCUGAUUUUACCUGGCAUGCAAAGACAAUAAAGCUUCCUUCUACCCCA